UAUUGCUAAACCCUACACCAAGUCCUUGUGAGAGGAAAACACAUCUUAGUACACUUGAAAUAGUUUUUAUUUCCUUUCUUGGUAAUACAAAAUCCUUUUCGUUUCUUCUUCUUCUUCUCCACAAUUCUAGAUUUUUCUCACAUAACUUACCAAGACAAGCUAGCCUAGCUAGAAACAUUAUAAAGAUAAGACACAAAGGAGCGUCUACGAAUUGAAGUAAACAACGAAAGAGGCAAAAAUGUGUUUGGAAUUUGUGUAUCAUGAAGAGAAGACGGAACUUGGUAGGCAACAAGCACCGGGGACGUGUCCAUACUGCGGUGGAAAAGUAUCGGCGGUGGAUAUAGAGACGAAGUGGUUGUUCUGUUUCUUGCCACUCUGUUUCAAGGUCAAACGCAAGUACUCUUGUUCUUCCUGCGACCGUCAUCUCGUCUUGUAUUACUGAACAAAACAUUUAAACACCACAUACAGCUAAGAGUGAGAGAGAUGCGAAAAGAUGAAGAAAGAAACACACAGAGGGGUCAUUGAAAUUGUAUUAUCUAUUUUAUUUAUUUGUUUGGUCCUCUCAAUGUUGAGUGUUUUUUUUCUGAUUUUCCCCUGAGAUUUCUGAUUUUGCUAAAUCAAACGCCCCAUCGUAGUGGUGGACAUUGGUUAAUUUCAUUGAGUUGUUUACUUUGUUUUGUUCAUUGUAAAUAAUUUGUUGCUUAAUAAAAGAUGGUUAUUCUAACGUGAA